CGAGUUGGCUACCGGCAUCCAAGAAUUUUUUCCCCUCCCCGCGCCAGACCUAGCGACGACUCCUCCCCGCGGCGAGAAGCUUCAGGCGGCGGCGGCGGCGGCGCAGGUCUCACAGGUCAUGCUGAUAAGGGGAACCCCGGGAGGCCGAGUUAAGUCAUAGUCCUAUCAGGCCAGCAGCUCCAGCAGCAACUUUCCCGAGUUGCCAGGUCCACAACACUUGUAGAAGGAUGAAGGCUAAAUUUCUGUCCGGAAUGUUGUAUUCAACGUUUCGCCUGGGCCGUUCUUCUGUGCACCCUGGCUGCCAUGGAAAAUCUACAAGAAAAUUUUCAGAGAAGGCAUCUGGUCCAGUGACUCAAAGAAUGCAAUGUGCCAAGAAGUAUGAUCGCGCUGAGGAUUUGGUGUGUCCAGUACAAUACUUUAAAGAAGAGUUAGGGUUCCUAAAAUCUCUGGAUGAGAAUGAACUUCUCGGAGCAGCUGAAAAGAAAGGCAGGUCUGAGGUCAGGAUGGAGGUAGCGAGAGCAGCAAGAUCGCUGCCUGAGCUCAUCUUGAAGAGACAUGCUAUUGGAAUAGCCUGUGGUGACAGCCUGAAGCUAAGCAAUAUCAGGAUUUCGAGGUCUAUUGGCAAGUUCGUAUUUGUCGAACCCCCAAAACCUACGGAUAGAUGCCUUAGGCUCGUAGAUGACUUCAGCCGUGGGGCAGAUGUAUUGGAGGAGCUAGCAAGCUCAGUUUUGGGCCCUGGUGCUCGGAUGCCGAAGGUCUGGGAUGAUUUCCUUGACAAGUUAAGAGAGCAAUGCCCAAGAGUGCACAUCAUAAUGUAUCACUCACUCUUCUUGUCAUUGAAUCUGAGGUAUUGUCUAAGGGUCAUUGUGGAUCAGCGGUUCCGCAAGGACUUCGGUUCACUGAAGAAGGAGCAGAAGGAUGCUAUCCGGAAGUUCAUUGAAAAACUUGGCAUGACGCGCAAGGAGGAUCUGCCCUCGCUCCUGCUCAGGAAUGAGUUUCUGAAGUUUGUCUCGUUAAGGUCAAGAAAGGGCGCGCAGGGAAGACGCGGGAAAUCAAAUUCACAGCUGAGCACCCAGGAGGCAGUCUGGAGUGACAAAGGCCGAUCCAUCAUAGCCUUCAACAGAGAUGGCGUCGUCCAUGGUUGCAAGGACGAUCCGAAUGACAAGGAGAUAGCAGCUAUGCCCAACAUCCAGAAGCACUGGAGGACUCAGGAGAAUGUCAUCCAGUUACUGUGUGAGGAGUUUGAGCUUCUUGAUCAGUCAUACAUCGAGCUGUGUGAUGACGAUGAGAAGAUACUGUGGAAACUGGUGAGAAUAUGGGAGCUCUUUGGCGAGACUGAAGGCUAUUGGCAGGCUGCCAUUGCUGCAUUACAUGAAGAGUCAAAAGCUUCACUGGCGAACGGUUCAACCAAGUGUGAGGUGGAGUAGUUUCUUUAUUCUGGUUCUGGUGUUGAGUGCCUUGUAAGUAGGCUCCGUGGCUUUUUGACCAGGAUAGAUGGGAAAGUUGAUGCUGCUCUUUUGUCAUGUGUGUAGGUGGCUCUUUGCAUGUAAGAGUAACAGUUUAGUCUCAGUUUAGGUUGUUCCCCGUAAUGAGAAUUUGCUAGUAGGUUUGGAUCAUUCUCCGAGUCCGAGCUGCCUCUGUUGAGUUGUAUCCUGAUGGUAAUUUGGUGCAGUCUUGAACCUGUCGAGUUGUAUCCUGAUGGUAAUUUGGUGCAGUCUUGAACCUGUCGAGUUGUAUCCUGAUGGUAAUUUGGUGCAGUCUUGAACCUGUCGAGUUGUAUCCUGAUGGUAAUUUGGUGCAGUCUUGAACCUGUCGAGUUGUAUCCUGAUGGUAAUUUGGUGCAGUCUUGAACCUGUCGAGUUGUAUCCUGAUGGUAAUUUGGUGCAGUCUUGAACCUGUCGAGUUGUAUCCUGAUGGUAAUUUGGUGCAGUCUUGAACCUGUCGAGUUGUAUCCUGAUGGUAAUUUGGUGCAGUCUUGAACCUGUCGAGUUGUAUCCUGAUGGUAAUUUGGUGCAGUCUUGAACC